AUGCCAAUCAAAUCAAUCAUCAUCAACAUUAUCAUCACCACCACAAAAACAUUCGAUCAUUAUCAAUGGUCAAUAAACAGUCAAAUUCAAUGAGAACAAUUCGUUCACCAUCACCGUCACCGUCACCACCACCACCACCAUCAUCGAUUCCAUCUGAAUCAUUUCAGAUUCCAAUGCAUGAAAAUCCAAAUAUCGAUGAUGAUGACAUUUUUUAUCGACUAAAUAAUAAUAAUCGAAACAACAACAGCAGUGGUAAUAGAAAUUUUAAUGAUCAAGGUUGGAAACCAUCAAAUUUGAAAAAGAAUUUAAUGAUUGAAAAACAACAACAAAUUCAACACCACCAUCAGCAACAACAACAACAGCAGCAGCAGCAGCUGCAACAAUUUGCAAAUAAAAAUGAAGCUAUGAUACCUAUUAUUAAGGCAAAUGAUUUAUUCUCAACACCAAUAUUGCAACGAUCAAAUGAUCAUCAUCAUCAUGGUGGUAUCAAUCAUUCCAUAUCGAUGAAUAGUAAUUCUGAGUUUGGCGGCAACAAUCAUCAUCAUCAUCAUAAUAAUGCAGCUUUUCCAACUUCAUCAAUGAAAUUACAAAAUAAUGAAGAUUUACAUUUUCUACAAAAUAAUCGUCAAUUAUGGAAUCAUUUGACCAGUUCAUCGAUAAGCAAUGAUGUAUUGGAUAAUGAAUUGAAUCAGAUACAAUCGGAAAUGAUCAGUAAAUAUAAGACACCAGUGAAAUCGAUGAAUUCAUUGGGUAAACAGAUAGCAAUGUUUUUAUUGAAUCGUAAUCAAAAUCCAACAACAGCAAAUGUGGCCAAUAAUAAUAAACAACGAAAUUAUGCAUUCAUAAAACCAAUGACACCAGUUGAUGGCAUGAUGGAUGGAUCAAAUGUUCAAACAAAUAGUCGAAGUGGUGAAUCGUAUCAUCAUCAUCAUCACCAUCAUCAUCAGAAUGAUAAAUCAAUCCAAGAUGGUUAUCCAACAUUGCCCAUUUCAUCAUCAUCACCACCACCAGCAAGAUACGAUACAAUUAUUGUUGAUGAUAAAUCAGGUCAACAAUUGCCAAAUGGUAAAAAUUAUCGAUUUCAGAUCAAUCAUCAGCUUAAUGAUGGUGAUAUUAAAACCACAUCAACAUAUCGCACAAAUAAUGGCCAAUCGUUACAAACAUCACCAAGAACUGUAUUUACUACAGUUCCAUUUGUCAUUGAUCUAUCAUCAACAGCUAUUAAAGAUGGUUGGCCUUCUCUUGUCAAAAAUGAUGGUAGCGAAGGUGGUGGUGUUGGUGGUGGUGGUGGUGGUGGAUUUGUUGGUGACAAUAAUUAUAAUGGUGGCCAAACAUUCGUAUCAUCGCAAUCCAUUGAUCAGGAUUAUUUUGAUCGACAACAACAGCAACAGCAGCAGUAUCAGCAACAACAACAUCCGAUCCAAACAAUACACAACGCACAACGACCUCGUACAUCGGCGACAACGGCAAAUCAAUUGAUCAAAUCAUUAACACCACCAUCAGUAAUGAGUAAUGAGCCAACAAACAUGAUUUUUAUGCCUGAAAAUUUAGCCAAUCCAUUGAAAGCAUCACCAUCACCGAUGACAGGUCCAAUCACAACCAAUCUAAAUCAACAACCAUCACAUUCUAAUUUUAUGGCCAGCAGCAGCAGCAGCAGCAGCCAAAACAUCCAAAACAACAACAACAAUAAUAAUAACAACAUUGAUACCACUGCAUUCAUACCAAUACAAUCAACAAAUUCAAUUUUAUUUGAACCUUCACUAAUCACAAAUAAUAAUCAUCAUCUAUCAGUUGACCAACAAUGGUAA